ACUGAGAAAGGAUUAGAAGUGAUGGCAGAAUCACAGGAUAAGAAAAUUCCAGCUGCAACUAGAAGUCGCUUACCCACAUUUAGUGCUAAGAAGAGAGCCCGCAGUCCUGAUGAGAAUUCUACAAAGGUGGUAGCAACAGAAAAGAGGAGGAAAAUACUUAGUGCAUCCACAGAAAAUCUCCAUGACACAAGCAUUCAGUCAGUGGGUAAAACCAAUUUGAAUAAUAGUUUCCGGUCAAGUAACAGCACAGGAAGCUUGCGUUCUAACUCAGUUCUCAACAGAACAACUACAGGUGUGGUGAGACCAGCAGUAAAGAAAACCCCCAAGUCAAAUGUAGGAUCAGCUUCUAAGACAAGUGUAGGUAACAAGAAACCCCCUGUGGGUCCCACAGUACCCAAGGCCACAGGCACCAAAGCAAAGAGGCCAGCAUGGGACUUGAAAGGUCGACUGCAGGACAUGGAGGAACUACUGAACAAACAGUCUUCCAAACGAGACAGCCUGGAAUCUCAGUUACAGGAUUACAAUAUUCGUAUCGCCAGUCUAGAGUCAGAGAAAAAUAAACUGUACGGAGAUGUCAGGCACAAAGAGGAAAUUGUACACGGGGCUUCUAAACAAAUCGAGGAAUAUCAGAGACAGAUUAGAGAGCAGGAGACUAAUUUUGACCAAACGAAACGUCGACUGCAGAUGGAAAUUGACAACAUUACAUUUCUGAGGGACAAUUUACAAAGACAAAAAGAUUCUUUAGAGGGAGAAGUCAGUGCUAAAACUAUAGAAAUCACAGGACUAAAAUCUUCUGUAGCAGAGCUUCAAACUGCUCAGGUUGGCAUAGCAGCACAACUCGAUGCUACAAAGAUCAGUCUUCAACAGUCUGAAAGUGCUGGUCGAGAAAAAGACAAUAAAAUAGCUGAACUCAAGCAGCUAUUGGCAGACAUGGAGACUCAGAUAGAAAAUUUUAAAAUCAAAGAACAAGAACAUGAAACUAUGAGGCGUAAACUCCACAACACAAUUCAGGAGCUAAAGGGAAAUAUCCGAGUGUUUUGUCGAGUCCGUCCUCUGCUUGGAGAUGAGUUACUGGGAAGUGAUGGUACAAUACAUCACAUGGGUUUCCCAGACGUAGACGGCAAGAUACUGGAGCUGGAAAAAAUUUCUGAUGCUGCCCUGAAUGAGAGUUGUUUGACAGCAAACAGGAAAGGAAACAACAAGUAUGAGUUUACCUUUGACAAGGUAUUUAACCCUGACAGCACCCAAGCUCAGGUGUUUGAGGAAAUAUGUCAACUUGUACAGAGUGCUUUAGAUGGGUACAAUGUCUGUAUUUUUGCCUAUGGACAAACUGGUUCUGGUAAGACACACACAAUGGAGGGGCCUUCACAGUUCAGCCCAGAGCAGACUGGAAUGAUCCCCAGGGCUGUGGUUCAGAUAUUUGAGAGUACCCAGGACCUGAUUAGCAAAGGUUGGCAGUAUGAAUUUGAGGCUUCUUUCCUGGAGAUUUACAAUGAAACUAUCCGAGAUCUUCUUGGAAACAACAGUGAUGACCUAAAACAUGAUAUUAAAAUGACUGGAUCAUCAGAUAAGAAAGAUGUGAUGGUGACCAAUUUAACAUCUGUCACAGUGACCUCAGAAGAUCAGGUCCAUGAAUUACUGCGAAAAGCCUCGCACAACCGCGCUGUAGCCGAGACAAAGUGUAAUGAGCGAUCAUCUCGUAGUCAUAGUGUGUUCAGGCUCCGGAUCUCGGGGGUCAACAGAAACACACAGGAGGCAUGUAUUGGAACCUUGAACUUGGUGGAUCUUGCUGGCAGUGAAAGACUGAAGGAGUCAGGAUCAGAGGGAGCCAGACUUAAAGAGACACAGGCCAUUAACAAGAGUCUGAGUACACUGAGUAAAGUCAUCAUGGCCAUCGCCAACAAGGACGGAUACAUCCCGUAUAGAGAGUCUAAGCUGACAUACCUCCUCCAGAACUCUCUGGGAGGGAACAGUAAGACUCUGAUGUUUGUCAAUGUGUCCCCCAAGGAAGAGUGUUUCCAGGAGACCCUCAACUCCCUUAGGUUUGCCACAAAGGUUAACCAGUGUAGUAUUGGUACAGCCCAAAAGAAAUCAAAAUAAUAACUGAUUGUAGAAUAAAGAAAUAUUAUUCACAUUGUAGAAACAUUGUAGAAAACCUUUGUAGAACAUGUGUAUUGUCAAGAGAUUUUCAUUUCAUUUCAAAUAGUCCAUAAUGUUGCUGCAAAGACACUUCAAAUGUUCUGUUCAUGAAUUAUUGUAGCUACUUUACGGCUAUGAUGAAAUCGUUUUUAGGUAAAAUUCAUUGCACGUUAACAUGUAAGUACAUGUACUAGUCCUUUAAACCAGAGUUUUUAAAAUGUCAGAAGGAAUAUUUUUAUCAGUUUUUGCCUACCUAGGUGUUGGUUUUUAAUGCUGUCUAAAUUUGUUGAUGCUCAUUUUUUUAUUUGCAUGAUACAAAGCAGUUAAUUUGUGGGUACAGAGCAUGUGUGCCCAAUUUGGUGACUCUUUACACCCAUAAUUAUAAUGAACUACAAGUAUUGAUAUUCAGAUUCCCUAAUAUAUAAACUGAAUUUUCAGCCCAAAUACAUGUAUGUUUUAAAACCACAAAAAUAAGCUGCAUUAAGGUCUUGCAUGUCUGUGUGUUAUUAGUGAUGUGCAUAUUUGUCCUGCUUUGUAUAUAGGAAUCUUGGAUCAAAAACCAAUUGUAAAAUUAUAUCAUUUCUAAUUUUCUGCUGUAUACUCUUUCUUCCUUUCUAUCCCUCAAAUAUUUCAAUGUCACCUGAUUCCAUUACAAAAUAAAAUAUUACAUAAU